AUAUCACUACGCAAAUAAGAUGACUUGCCGCCAAGCUUCUCAUGCUGGAAGUUGGUACACUGAAAACGGUAAUGAACUUUCGCGGCAGCUGGAUCUUUGGCUCUCGAAGGCGGACUUAACGCAUGGCCCAGCGAGAGCGAUAAUUGCACCACACGCUGGAUAUUCUUACUGCGGUGCUUGCGCUGCGUUCGCCUACCGCCAAGUCAGUCCUGUGGUUGUAAAACGCAUUUUCAUACUGGGCCCUUCCCAUCAUGUGAGGUUGGGGGGGUGCGCUCUUUCGUCUAUGGAUAAGUACCAGACGCCGCUCUACGAUCUCAUCAUAGACAAACAGAUUUAUGCCGAACUAGAGGCGACACGACAGUUCGAAUGGAUGGACACACAGACAGACGAAGAUGAACAUUCCAUAGAGAUGCAUUUGCCGUACAUAGCGAAAGUCAUGGAGGAGUACAAAACCGGUUUCACCAUAAUACCCAUACUAGUCGGAUCUCUAACGCCAGAGAAGGAAGCCAAGUACGGCGCCAUCCUAGCCCCGUACUUAGCCGACCCACAGAACUUGGUGGUCGUUUCUUCCGACUUUUGUCACUGGGGCCAGAGAUUCCGGUACACUUGGAGAGAUCCGAGCAGAGGACAUCUAUAUCAGGGAAUAGAGUGGUUGGAUAGACAGGGUAUGGACAUCAUAGAAAAGAUGGAGCCUCGCGCUUUCACGGACUAUCUCAACAAGUAUGGCAACACCAUCUGCGGGAGACAUCCCAUUGGAGUGUUGCUACAGGCGGUAGCGAGACUACAAUCUCAGCAGAGCGCUCCCAGAAUGACAUUGAAAUUCCUGAAAUACGCUCAAUCUUCCCAAUGCAUGAACAUGCAGGACUCCUCCGUCUCUUACGCGAGUGCGUCCCUUGUAUUCGAAUAGUUCUAUUUACUCUAAGGAUUGUAAUGCAAUAAAGUCGAGUUUCGUUUGCACGUGCUCUUAAAAUAACCUACAAAUAAGUUUUUUUUAAAAUGGCUAUUAUAUUUGAUGAAGAAGUUAAUGUGGAGGGCAUUUUUGCUA